AUGCCACUUGACGACGACCUCGAGGAUAACCCCUCCCUCGCACCUCCUCCCGCAACCACCAACUCGACCAGCGACCCUUCAACGACCAUGGAAGAAGACAUCGAGGAAGCCGAAGACGCUGCCACAGCCGACUUCCGCCUCUUCGCCAGCACUUACUCUAAAACCAAAAACAUCUCGGCGCAAACCAUCCGCAAAGGCGAGAAGGAUUUCGAGUCGCACGGCACGCGCGCGCAGCAAUCUGCGCUGGACGCUAGUCGCGAGGCCAUGCGCGACGUUUUGAGCUACACGCGCGUGCAUCAUACUGCCAAAACGGGGGGUUGGUGUCGGGGGUGGAUUUUUCCGGAUUGGUGGAGGGAGUGGCCGGAGGAUUGGGAGGAGAUGAAGGUGAAGGAGGCGGAGGAGAAGCGGAAGGAGGGGAAGCAGGAUGGGGAUGACAAAGAGGAGAGGAAGACACUGCCGCCGCCCCGCCGCCGUUGCAUGGCGGUUACCGGAUUGCCCAAGGAUAGGCCGGCUCGGGGAAGGGAGUGGUUACUCCCCGAAGAGGCGCUGUACCUGGUGGAGAGAGGAAGUUUGGAUCUGUGGUGGCCCACGAGGGGGAUUGAAGAGAUCUUUCCUGCUGAUGGGUCGGUGCCUACUACGACUACUGCUCUACCCAAGGAGGACGGCGGACAGCAAGAUGAUGACGACGAAGAGGAUGAUGAUGACGACGAGUACAAAUACGGCUUCCCACUUUCCCUCCAAGCAGCCUACGCCCUGCUCAUCGGCGAAGACGGAGAAAGAGGCAAAGUCAGCUUGCAAAAGUUCCAGGUCUUCAGCAACCUGAAGCGAGCGGGUUACAACGUCAUUCGCGCGCCGAGCAACCCUCUUCCUGUCCAGGAGGACAACACUCAACUCGCAACAGCGCAGGCGAAGCCGAAAUCGGUCACAGAAUGGCUCAUCUCCUGUCUUCCCCAGUCGAAAUCCUCUUCCCCGGGCGACCCUCCUCCCUACGGCCCUCUCGUCCCGCCUGGCCUAUACAGGUCUUACAACACAAUCUAUAACCACCUCUCUCUCCGGCCUGCUCCCAACCAGCAACUCCCUUCUUCGACCCCUUCCCCGCCAACCACCUCACCCUCCAGUACCUCCCGCGAGAACGACACACCCUUCAAAAUCCACUACCACAUCUACAAAGCCUCCACAAAAUUCGUUCGCACCCGCCCCCCGCCCCCCGAUUUUUAUCUAAGCGUAAUCGAUGCCCAGCAAACCUCCGUCCCUUCUUUCUCCGAAAUCUCCAACCUCCUGGCCUCAGCGCCCGCCGACUUGCCCAAGACCGAAUGGCUUACCGGCGGCCCUGGUCGUCUUUAUGCUCGCCUGAAGCAUGGAUACAGGAAUGUGUUGCUGGCGGUUAACGAUCACGGGGUGAUUAAUUAUAUGAGAUUUGCUGAGGGCGGUUUCAGGAAAGAGGAGCUGUUUAGGGGUUUUGAUGCGAGGAUUAGUCCUGGGCCGAAGAGGGGUGGGGGUGGAGGAAGGGGAGGUGCGAGAGGAGGGAAGUUUUCUGGGAAUAAUGGUAGGGGGAGGAGAGGACGCGGAGGUGGAAGGGGUGGUGGAAGGGGUGGAAGGGGAGGUAGAGGAAGGGGGAAUUAG